CCCUCACAUCGGUUUUGUUUCGCGCGAAGACUCCCACCACCCAAAUCGAGGGCAACAAAGACAGGACCGCAGAAGGAGGGAGACGCGAGCUGUUAAGUUUGCAAGGAGAGCAGUCUGCACGGGACCGGUUCGUAGAGCUUUCGUCAUGGAGAAUGGGAUGGGAUACGUGGAGCAACCCGCACAGUAUGCGCAGGACGCCAACGGCAUCGUCGUGAACGGCAUGGGCGGCGUGAUGCCCGUCGUGGGCGGCAUGUCCGCGCCGCCGGUCGGGGUGAUGACGACGGGCAUCACCCGCGUGUACGUGGGCAACCUCUCCUGGGAGACCGAGUGGCAAGAUCUCAAGGACCACAUGAGGACCGCCGGCGAGGUCGUCCGAGCGGACGUGAUGAGAGACGCGUCCGGCCGGUCCAAAGGCUGCGGCAUCGUGGAGUACCGCACCCCGGCGGAGGCGCAGGAGGCCAUCAACACCCUCCUCGACACCGAGCUUAAGGGGCGCCUGAUCUUCGUCAGGGAGGACCGUGAGGCCGCAGGUGGCGGCGGGGGGGGGAACAACCAACACCGCGGAGCCCCUUCCGGCGGCGGGGGCGGGGGCGGCGGCCCGCCCAUGGG